ACGUGCGAGGAGAGAUGAUAAACACCAAGUUUUUCAAUGUCCUCUGCCCUAGCUUUAUGAUUUGACAUACAAUAGAAUAGUGCAUGUUCCUGGAAACCAUAAAGAAUAUUCUAUUCUUAAAAUAAAAAACAGGCUCUUGCCGCGUGCUGUUGUUGGAGGACCCUCCCUGCUUCAGAUUUACCAACAGCAUGAAUCAAGAAAAGUUAGCCAAACUUCAGGCUCAGGUCCGGAUAGGGGGCAAGGGUACAGCUCGCAGAAAGAAGAAGGUGGUACAUAGAACAGCUACAGCUGAUGACAAAAAACUUCAGAGUUCUCUAAAAAGACUGGCUGUGAAUAAUAUAGCUGGUAUUGAAGAGGUGAACAUGAUUAAAGAUGAUGGGACAGUUAUUCAUUUCAACAAUCCCAAAGUCCAAGCUUCCCUUUCUGCUAACACCUUUGCACUUACUGGUCAUGCAGAAGCCAAACCAAUCACAGAAAUGCUUCCUGGAAUAUUAAGUCCACUUGGUGCUGACAGUUUAACAAGUCUUAGGAAGUUAGCUGAACAGUUCCCUCGGCAAGUGUUGGAUAGCAAAGCACCAAAACCAGAAGACAUUGAUGAAGAGGAUGAUGAUGUUCCAGAUCUCGUAGAAAAUUUUGAUGAGGCAUCAAAGAAUGAAGCUAACUAAAAAUUUUUCUGGAGUUUGGAAGCUGGCAUGGACUAGAUUUAACAAAUCAGCUAUGUGGUUCCAAAGUUUUACAGACAUGGAGAACAUCAACUGUUACUAGUUCAGUAAUAUAAAUAUUUUGUAUAUUAAUAAUGCUGUUUGUUCAGCAUUUUUCGGUCAUUUGAUUUUUCAUUUUGCACUUCCUCCCAGGAUCUAUUCUUUCGGUCAAAAUACGAAGUAUUGGUGCAGUUUGAGGGUGUUUUGGUGUUUGAUUCUCAGUUUUCUGUUUUGUUUUUUCGUUGGGGUAUUUUUGGUGUGUGUAUGUGUAUGUAUGUGUGUGGGUAUGUGUGUAUACAGCGGAGAGCAAAUUGGAAAACAGUUCUAUUUAUCCUCCUUCUUCCCCCAGUAGAAAAUAAAACAAAUCUUUACAUUUGUAAAAAAA